AUGAGACCUUUGACUACGGCCGAAACUGAAGUUCUGUUUGCAAAGCUUGCAAAAUAUAUUGGGAGGAAUAUUUCACAAUUGACAGACAAACCCGCAGAUCCGCACUUGUUUAGGGUACACAGGGAACGUGUUUACUAUGUACGAGAGGAGAUUGCAAAAAAGGCAGAGCACAUCCCUAGGGACAAUUUACUUGCCCUUGGGUCUUGCCUCGGAAAGUUUACCAAGACAGGCAAGUUUAAAAUGCACAUUACCGCUCUGGAUUAUAUUGCACCUUAUGCCAAGUUUAAGGUUUGGCUCAAAAGUACAGGGGAGACCACAUUUCUUUAUGGUGGACAUGUAAUCAAGGCCCAUUUGGCAAAGAUGACUGAAGACACUCCAGAGCACCAAGGCAUAAUUGUUUAUUCGAGCAAUGACAUUCCUUUAGGGUUUGCAGUAACCUCGCGAUCAUCUAUUGAUUGUUUGAAGCUUGACCCGACAGGAAUUUGCUGCUUCAACCAGGCCGAUGUAGGAGAAUAUUUGAGAAAUGAAGCUUCCCUUGUCUAA